AUGGCCGCGGCGGCGACGGCGAGUCGGAGGGCCCUGCUGCUGUCCGGGUACGGUUCCAGGGCGUCGGUCGCGCGGGCCUCAGAUCUUGAUGCCCUGCUGUGCUCUUCUACCUCCUCUUCAUUGCGCGGAACGGGCUCCUAUCAAGGUCGAGCCGGCCACCUUCGCGGCGUCUCCCAGCUGCUUUCCAGGGCGAAUGUGAAGCGAGCGUUCCUCGUCGACACCUUGGCCCUGGUGAGUGUGGCAUACCUGCGUCUUUUUGUCGGCGUUUUCUGUUCUGCUCUUGUCGUACGAUAUUUUGUGCUGACGCGAGCCUGAAGACUCGAAUCGAUGCAAAUUCGACUUCUUGAGGGUGAGAUUUUUGGGGAAAACGCAGGUCAGGAAGUUAGAGGCGCAAGGGAUCCCCUCCAAGCAAGCGGAGGCCAUUACCUCGGCCAUCACUGAGGUCCUUAACGACAGUUUGGAGAAUGUGACGCAGUCGUUUGUCUCCCAGGGAGAGAUCCAGAAGGUUAGCGCUUCCCGUAUUUUCCUUCAGCCUCUCAGGACUCUUCUUUUCACGUUAUUCGAUGGUCUGUUCAGUAAAGACUGGCGGCGAAGACGCGUCAGACAGUAUUCUCUCAACGGAAAAUGACCGUGGUGUUAGGGCUAAAAUACUUCCGUCCAUCUACGUGCCCAUGUCUUUUAGCAGAAACACAAUGUCCGCUUCAGUAAUGUUUGAAAUUUAAUAUAAUUCAAUGAAGAAAAUUUCAAUCUUCAAUUUGGAAUCCUAGGCCUAAUGUGCCAACUCCAGCAUCCGUGUGCACGACCUCAUCCUAGAGGAAUACAUUUGUUGUUUGAUGCAUGGCCUAUUUCAGCGUAUAGGAUAUGGUUUCAUGAGAAUAUAUUUUGUACUGAUGGCGGUAUGAUGUGUAUAUCGUGUGACACCCGUUGGGGAGAGAGGGAUUUUGAACUACUGGUUUUUGAAUGGAUUCACCUGUUCUGUUUUAAUCAAGUUUUCUUAUGAAAAAUAAUCGAAACUUUUGUUGCCAUUUCUCUGCUUAGAAAGUUAAUUUUAAUUCAAUGGGAAAAUAAAGUUUGAUAUGGAUCUCUGUAGGCUCGUUCUGAGUCAUUGAAAAGUGUCAACUCAUCUCAAGAUGACUAUUCUCCUAAAAGUGGCCUUCAUAAGAUGUAACCACUCGGGGAUUCAAAAUUCUGUUAGUGAGGAAUUUAAGUGCCAUUUAAAGUUCUUAGUGUCAUCUUAGCGGUCAUUCGUGAAGGAAAAAUAUCUUCACAUCACCCAGAGCUCCCUUUUUUUGACGAGAGAUGUCUUCAUCGGUCUGUCAUUGGUGAAUCCGCCAUUUAAUAAUUAUAUAUAUAUAUAUUUAUUUAUUUACGUGAACUGUUUACGAUUAAACUGAAGUUUUUUAAAGUAAACAGAAUAGUAAGCUUUCUUUCUCUCAGUUGUUGAUUUGUGAUUUCAGAAGUUUUUCCUCGGGUGGCAUCGAUUCCUGUUUGUCUUAUUAACUUUAUUUCCAAGAAAUGCACUCCUUUUUCUACAAGUCAUCUGAAUUAAUAACCGAUUCGCUUUUAAAAACAUCUGAAAGCUUCUCUAAGUACUCAUGUUUAGACUUAGGUUGUAUCUUCUGACGAAUAAACAUUGUAUCUGGUUAAGGGAUUUGCUAUUAAUGAUCCUCUGUGUAUGAUGAAGGACAUUAUCAUCACCUUCAUCAUGGCCUUUUUUUAAUGGUAGAUGGUGGAUCCCUCACUCCUGCACCGUUCCAUUCCUGCUUCUUCUAUUUUAUUGAGGGGAUGAUAUUUGCUUUAAAAAACUACAUGGUUGCAUAAGACUAAAGACGACUUUUGGGCGUUUUCAAAGAAUAGUCAUAGUCACAGUGCAUAUUGUACCUGAAGGUGGAAGACGUUUUAUUUAUGAUGAGUUGUCAUACGCUGGGAGUUGAUCCAGACGUGUGUAAUAUCUGAAUAUUUUUUUAAAUCAGGUUUUUGAACUUUGGAUUCCUCUCAGCAGCGUGCAUCUAUUUUUUUCUCUUUUAAUUCUCCAUUUGAUCUCGUCUUCCAUCUUCUGGUUUCAUCUUCUAUGGGAAAUGUGGUGGGCUUCUUCAUCUUGUUCCUCUCUUUGGCAGUUUUUUCAAGGAGCCCUUCCACCUUGGAGGUGGCUCAGGAGUUCCUUUUUAUCUUGAGAGGGAUUCUUCAUGAGGCUCAACUCUAGUUUUACUCUAGACUCGUAGCGAGAAGACCAUUUGAAACGUGAUGAGAGGCAGUGUAGAUCCCUUUUGAAGAAAAUGGAAUGCCAGAGCCUAGGAUUGUUGGGGCAUGAUGGACAGAUAUUUUGGUUGCUUUUGGAUGGAACCAAAUCUGUGGUAAUUACAGAAAAAAGACAUGGGAUCAACAUGAAACGCUAAGUUUCACUUGUGCAGAAGAUUGAAUUUAUAUCAUCACUAGGCUGGACCUUUACACUGGCCAGUUUAACUGAAGACUUCAAAAAUAUUCCCCAAGGCUACUUCUGUCUAACUUUGUAUCUGAAUGUGUGGAACAUCUGACCUCAAUGCCUGAUCCUUCGUGGAUAAAACAUUUAUUCCGAAUGGUAAUCGAUUAUCAUGAAAAUGCUUCAUUCGAGCCCGAGAUUCAUAGAAAAAUACUUCGACUGAAUGAUUAAAUUAUUCUACAUAAUUUUGCAUUUGAUUUACUCAAUCAUCUAAUUUCCAUCGUUUUCCAUAACGCAUUAGAAUUGAUGCCUUUGUUCAUUUUAGUUUUUCCGCUGGGUGACCAUACCUUCUUUCGUGUCAUAAACUGUGCUCUUUGUGAAUAUGAGUCAUGCAAAUAGUACUGCAGGUGAGGGUUUUCUGUGCCAAAAUCGACUGUCAGCAAAGACAUGUGGCAUUAAAGGCGUUUCCAAUUACCGGAUCUUGAGCCACCUUAUAAUGUAGGCUAGCAUAUCCAGAAAGUUUCGUCAUACUGAUGCAGAGCUCUUCCACUGAUGGGUCUCUCGAUCAGACAAAUAGAAUAGAAUGUGAAUUAUGUACCGAUGAGCGUUGUGUGACAUUUGAGUGCAUCUUGAAAAUUUGAGAUGAUCUGGACCAUCCGUCUCUCCAUAUCAGAGCCUCCAUUCCCUCGCCAAACCUGAAGUGGAUGUGUGUUGGAUGCAGGAACACCACUUCUCUACAUUGCAACGUGAGACUGAGAAACUCAAAAAUGAUAUUGAGAAGAUGCAAACCGAACUGAAGUAUGCCUCGUGAUUUCACUACGAGAAUCUGGUCCUUAUCUCAUCCAAUACACAGACUUAUGGAGAGAAAUAUUUUUUGGCCUAGGUACGAGAUCGGCAAGGUCACUGCUGGGCUGCGUUUGGAUUUAAACCUUGGCAAAGAGGGUACGCUGGGCUGCGUUUGGAUUUAAACCUUGAAAGAGGGUACGUGAAUCAGAGAUCUCUCUGCGUAUGUAUUAUAUAUUGCAUGCAAGUUCCUUAAUUUCCGCGCUUAAUCCUGAUUAUUUACCGUCGUCUCCUGGUUUCUUGUCAGGGAUUAACUCUGGAGCAGCCGCUUAUGUUCUUAUUAUUUCUAAUACAUAAUUCUUUUCCUACUAAUUGCAGGCGUAUACGUGAUGAGUUGGCGAACCAGAAUACUGAAACGAGUGAACUUACCAAUAAGCUUGAUCGGGUGAGAUUCAUUUCCUAUAACCGUGAACAAGAAUGGAUUUUCUUUUAUGGGUAGAUAAUAAUCUUUCUCGAGUUAUUCUGAAUGGAAUUUCCAGGAGAUUCAUGCUCUGAAGGCCCAGCUCGAGGCAGCCAAGUACGACGUGAUAAAGUACUGCAUUGGAACCCUUGUUUCCAUCACUGCUGCAGGCCUUGCGGUGAUCCGUAUCAUACUGUAG